CACCACCACGCCCGCCACACCACACGCGGCCCGCACUCCGCUCACACGCCUCACCGCGGCUUCCGUCAUCUCCCCCGCCGCCGCCGCCGCUGCCCCGCCACCUCCAGUCCGUCAGCGCCUUCGUCAGUCUCGCCUCCAACCAAAAAUAACGCCAUUGACAACCAUCUACCACUACUACCACCACUAACCAACCAGAUCAUAAGUAGCCCAAUCCACCCGGUGCAUUUUCCAGCCCAACCAGCCCUGAAAAAACUAGCCCAAGCAAAAGAUAGCGGCCAACCUUCAAGAUGCCCCGAGCUCGCUGUAGCAAUGAGCUCUCCGCUAUACACUCGACAGCCACCCGUAAGGAGGACAGAUCACCUUCGCCUAUCACCGUGAUGGACACUGACGAAUACAGGAAGAGAGGCAAGGAGAUGGUGGAGUACAUCGCGGACUACCUUGAGACCAUUCGUGAGCGGCGCGUGUUCCCCGAUGUGAAGCCUGGCUACAUGCGCGACCUGGUUCCCGACGAGGCGCCAGAGUUCCCCGAGCCCUGGCAGAACAUCUUCAACGACGUGGAAAGAGUGGUCAUGCCGGGGGUGACCCAUUGGCAGUCCCCGUAUAUGCACGCCUACUUUCCCGCCCUCAACUCCUUCCCCUCCCUGCUGGCGGACAUGCUGGCGGACGCGAUCAACUGUCUCGGCUUCACCUGGGCCUCGUCCCCAGCCUGUACAGAGCUCGAGAUCGUGGUCAUGGACUGGCUGGCGCGCAUGAUAGGACUCCCCGAGCACUUCCUACACUCCUGCAAGGACUCUCCGGGCGGGGGGGUCAUCCAGACCACAGCAUCGGAGGCCACGUUCGUGUGUCUCCUGGCGGCGCGCACGGAGGCCAUACAAAAGUACCAAGAGGAGGAUCCUGAGCUGGAGGACGCCGAGGUCAACUCACGACUGGUUGCCUACUGCUCCGACCAGGCUCACUCGUCGGUGGAGAAGGCGGGUCUGAUCGGCUUGGUCAAGAUGAGGUACAUUGAGAGUGACGAUAACCUGAGUAUGCGCGGCGAUAAGGUUGUGGAGGCCAUUCAGAACGAUAGGGAAAAGGGCCUCAUCCCCUUCUUCCUGUGCGCCACGCUGGGUACCACUGGGUCCUGCUCCUUUGAUAACCUGCAAGAACUGGGACCUAUCUGCGCCCAAGAGGAGCUGUGGAUGCACGUGGAUGCUGCGUACGCCGGGACCGCCUUCAUCUGUCCGGAGUUUCGUCACCUGAUGGCCGGGAUCGAGUACGCGCACUCCCUCGCCUUCAACCCUUCGAAGUGGAUGAUGGUGCACUUCGAUUGUACAGCCAUGUGGGUGAAGAACAGCGGGUCCCUCCAUCGUACCUUUAAUGUGGAGCCAAUCUACCUGCAGCACGAGAACACAGGUCUCGCUAUCGAUUAUAUGCACUGGCAGAUCGGGCUCAGCAAAAGGUUCAGGGCGCUCAAAUUGUGGUUCGUGAUUCGUUCAUUCGGAGUGGCGGGACUUCAGAAGCACAUACGGGAGGGAGUUCGCAUGGCCCAGAAGUUCGAGGCGUUCGUGAAAUCUGACCCGCGGUUCGAGAUCCCGGCCACGCGGCACCUGGGCAUGGUGGUGUUCAGGCUCAAGGGGGAGAACGACCUCACCGAGAAGCUGCUCAAGAAAAUCAACUCCACGGGGAAGCUGCACUGCGUCCCCGCCUGCCUCAAGGGGAAAUACGUGAUCAGGUUCACAGUGACCUCGACAUACACCACCGUGGAUGACCUCUCGCGGGACUGGACCAUCAUCAGAGCAGUGACCUCCGAGGUGCUGUCCAAGACCCCCGCGGAGGAGCACAAGGCUAAGGUGUUCCUCAAGGACACGCGCAAGAACCCUGACUUCGGCACCUCGCUGCUCCUCGCCAACUCGCCUAUGUCGCCCAAGAUCGUCAACGGUUCCUUCGCCGCCAUCUUCGACAACAAUGACGUUCUCUUCGAGUUCGCCAAAAAGCUGCAGCAGUUCAAGCUCGACGUCCAGGACUCCCCCGGCAAGGCCAUGCGUCGGCGUAUUCGCGGGAUGCUGAUGGCGGGGAAGCAGUAUUCAUUGGACUCCCGCAUGGACUUGGUGACGACCCUGGUGCAGUCCGCGAGGCCCAGCGAUAUGCCCACCAUGAGGGAGAACAGCCUCGAGAACCCCGACUACCACGACACCGGCGUCCAGACCGACGUGACCAACAGUCCCUCCCGCGGCCGCUCCCGAAGUGUGGACGAGGGCAUCACCACCCCAGACCUCAAGGGCAUCACUCAGCAGGACGCCAUCGAGGAGGGGGAGGGCGAGUCAUCCUCCCCGGAGACAGAUACAACAAAGGAAUCCCGCGCGAUCAACGGCAGGGUGGAGGGGCAUCUCUACCGCUGCAACAAGUGUGGCGCCCCGAUUACCGUGCAGUAGAUUGGAAGAGAGGACGGGAGGGAAUGUUAAGGCGCUCCAGAGAGAUUAUAGCGCUGCGUUGUGUCAGUUUCUCUCUCGUGAUGCUGCAGAGGUUGAUUCUCAUGUUAGGCUUCCGCACUAUUAUGUUAGCAGUGUGUGUGUGUGUAUGUGUGUGUAUGUGUGUGUGUGUGUGUUGCAGCUAUAUCGCACGUUUAUUGUCUCUUAGAACGUUCGGGAUUUUGCGAGUUGUACUAGAGGCUGAAAUCGCAAUGUGGGUUCUGUACUAUCUAUCUAACUGUAUUUUCGAGAUGAGAUGUCGAGGUGGCUUGUUCCUUUGAGUCUCUAUGGUCGGGUUAUCUAUAUAUUCAGCGGUGAGGCAAAAUAAUUAAGUAAGGAAGAGGUAGCUAUAAAGAAAGACCUCGAGCUGUUUAGAUGAAACAUUGCAAGGAUUAAUCUGUGCGCACUCUUCACUCCUCUGUCCAUUAUUCAGAACUCAGUGACUUCGCCGCGGGUCACAGUUUAGAAGCAAGGUAGACACAUGUAUGGCGUUGGGACAGUCCACGGUAGGUCCCAUGCAAUGAUCAGCCUUCUUGCAGGUAUAGUUCUUAAUUCCUAGAUAUCUCGAAACCCGCUACCCCAGAGUUAUUUUCUUUUUUUUAUUGCCGGAAUGAUAAAAAAGGAGUGUCUGUGUGAGGUAAAGUCUUGAAUGCACGAGAACGCUGCACUGACUCAUGAAAUACUUGCAUUUACGCCGUAUAAGUGAAAUUCGUGUAUAAAAGCGUCUGGGUUGACUCUUCAAAACAGACGAUGCCGAGUUAUAAUUGUGACUCCCCCUUCCACUACUACUGCUAUUACUAGUGCUACUCCUAUUAGUACUAGUGCCGCUACUACUAAUAUUACUGCUACUGUUGUUCCUGCUCCGUGCUCCUAACGUUACCGCUGCUGUAGGAUAAAUAAUGUAAACUAGAUUAAUUAAAAAUGGCCGGGACUCACG